AUGUCGUCAACAUUGGUUACAAACAAAAAAUAUAACCCCGCACCCAAUAUCGCAAUGCCGCCGUCAAACUUUGCUGAACUGGACAAACUAUUUCCCACAAACUCGCCAGAGCUUGGAAUCGGUGCAGAUGCUUCUAACCUGGGAGGAACUGCCGAACUUGGAGGCUGUUGGGUACUUGGGGAAGGAAAGAAUGAGGAAAUGUUGGGUGCGGUUACAUAUGGUAAAACCGCCGGAGACGCUGAGAGUGUAGGCACACUUUCUGCAAACAGGCAAUUUAGAUCAGAAAAGAAGAUCAUCAUGCAGACGAUAGGCAAAAACUUAACAGUGAUGGCCGCCAUGAAGACCUGA